GUAGAAAAAUCAAAAUGGCGACGAACGUAUCUGAAGAGAUAGAAGAAAAUGAAAAUGAUCUUUACCAUAAAGCGACUCUUCAAGAUGAUGAAGAGUCCAUAUCAAGCGCCCGAAAAAAAUACAGAAUGCUCAAAGAAAAACGAAAAGAAAUUAAAAAAGAAUGGAAACUGAUUUUAAAAAGAGAACGUCAAAAGAAAAGAAAACAACUCAAGGCCAAGGAACUGGGAGUACCAGAGUAUGAAAUAACCGAUGAUCAGAUUCCAGAUGAAGAUAGUGAUAAUUAUGAUUAUACAGAAGAGGAAAAGAAAUUAAAAGAAAGAGAAUACAAAAUUAUGAUGGAAAGAGAACGAAUUGCCCAUCUGGAAUGGGCGGGCAAUAGAGAAAGGGAGGAAUAUGAGAAAAAGCGAAGAGAGGAAAUAGAGAGACGCAUAAGAUUGGAAUAUGAGGAAAAAGAAAAAUUAAAGUCUGUAAAGAAGAGAAUAAAAACGAAUAAGAGAUCUGAUGAAGAAAAUGAUAGCGCUCACGAAGAAGAGUCAACGGAUACUUUUGAGAGACCAAAGAAAAAAGUUAUUCAAAAGCAUAAUAACAUGCCUCCACCAGUAUACACAAAUUCUUUGGAUGCCGAUUGGAGGAACCCAACCUCUCAUGAAAUGUCUUAUAGUAGUCAAUCAAUGACUGAUAGACUACAAUUAGAAGCCAAUAAAUGUAAUUAUUAUUGGAAAACUGGAGUGUGCAGAUUUGGGAAUAGAUGCUCGAGAUUCCAUCCUAGAGUGGAGCAUAGCAAUACUCUGAUAUUUCACAACAUGUACUAUCAUUUUGAACUAGAACAAGGAUUAUAUGAUGACGAUUACAAUACAGGUGUUGAAUAUUAUAAAAUGAAAAUGAAAACAGUGUUUAUCAAUAGUUUUAUUGCAGAUCUUACUUUGGAAUAUGAAUAUUCUGCUAUUUAUAAACAUUUUAUGGAGUUUUAUCAAGAUUCACUACCAGAGUUUAAACUUUGUGGUCGAGUUCUACAAUUCAAAGUGUGUUGUAAUUACGAACCGCAUCUACGCGGCAAUGUAUAUGUUCAAUAUGAUAGGUUAGAGGACGCUAUUACAGCCUAUAAGAGGUUUAAUGGUAGAUGGUAUGCAGGCAGGCAGCUUAGUUGUGAAUUCUCCCACUUGAGAGGGAGUCAAGAUCUCGAAGUCGAUCUUCAAGCUCCGGACGACGAUCACGAAGUAAACGGCGUUCAUACAGUAGGAGACGAUCUCGUAGUAGAAGACGUUCGCAUAGUAGUAGGCGACGCUCUUACAGUAGGAGACGUUCUUACAGUAGGAGACGCUCUUACAGCAGGAGGAGAUCUUAUAGUAGAAGUCGUUCGCCUAGCCGAAGAAAAUCACGUCAUAGAUCCUAUUCAAAGUCCAGAAGAUCAAGAUCCAGAUCUUAUUCAUCAUACGAGAGGUCUAGAUCUAACUCCAGAUCCAGGCGUCGUAGUCGUUAUCGUUCUUUAUCCCGUUCUAGCUCAAAACAUAGUAGGGUCUCAAGAUAUAAUUCUCGUUCUAACUUAUAAGUUACAAGAAGAAAAUCAGAGAAUUAACAAAGACCCAAAUUUAGGUAUAAGUACAAGCCAAUCUCCUUCAAAUAAAAAUGAUGAGUCACCCUAUUCUCCUAGUCGAUCUUCAUCUGUUUCUCGACUUAUAACUAGCAGACCAGAUGAGAACCCAGAGUCUAUGACUGAAAAUGAAAAAGAGAGCAAAACGUCAGAUGGUGAGACUGAAGCAAAUAAUUCAAUUAAUUGUCAAAGUCCUAAAAAUAUUGAUGAAAAUACUAUUGAAGUCAGAGCUAUUAGUGACAGUAUUAAUAAUGAAAAGGGUGAUUUGCAGACGAAUAAGGAAAACCUCAAAACAACCGAUUAUAAUACAGAAGAGAUAAAAAAAGAAGGUAGGUCAUCGAAAUCGAACUCACCUGCAUAUAGUGAUUAUGAAGAAUGGAUUAGAAAUAGAAAAUCCAGAUCUAGAUCGGGUUCGAAAAAACGAUACUCCAGAUCAAGGUCAGGUUCGUCUGACAGAUCUUACUAUCGAUAUUCUCGAUCAGCCAGGAGAAGUGACAGACGCAGUUCAAGGUCAUCAUCUCACAGAUCAAGUAAUAGAAGUAGAUCUCGUAAGCACUGGCCCCAUGACAAGUACAACGAAGUAAGAGAAAUGGAGAAGGAAAAAGGUAGGAAAGAGUGGAGAUAUCAACAAAUAAGAGCAGAAGAGAGGAAGAAAAGAGAUGAAGAAGAAGCUAGAAAGGAAAAAUUAUACCUUCGUUCAAGUGGUUGGGAAAUGAAAGUGCCCCCUCCAAGUAUGCAACCAAGUGAACAAAAGCGACGUUAUAAUGAUGAUUUAAGGUGGCCAUCACGCCCUAGAGAUCCUCCGCCUUAUUAUUUGGAAGAACAUAACUCAAAACCUUAUGGCUCAACAAGAUCAACAAGUCGCAAUUCACGUAACAGAAAUGUUUCUAGAAGGGCAGAAUUUGAACCAGAGUCAUCGAGAAGAAAUUCAAGCGAGGAAAGAGAACGAGUUGAACGUCUGGUUCGAGAACAGCUUCAGAAAUAUGGGAUAUCCGUUAAAAAGGAAGCUGAAAGUGACGAUAGUGAAAAGGAGACUGUUGUAGUCCAAUACUCUCAAGAAACAAAAACUAGGAAAACAACUAGAAGGACUCAUUCAAAUAAGAAGGGGAAAAAAUCAACAGAGCCUACCGAAGUAAUCGAAAUUCUGGAUUCAGAUUAA